AUGUUCAAACGAUGUGUGGUCUGCUGCUCUGCGCCCUCGCUGCCGUUUCCCUCGCAAGCACCGCUCCAAACAAGUGCUCCAGAAGAUGAGAGACUCGCAGCUCUGGUGAAACACCUGAAUGAGGAAGCUACAGAUAAACCUAUGACCUCACAGCCAGACUCUGACGAGACAACUGAGAUCCCAGUCGACUCAGAUGAAGCUGACUCAGAUGCUUCCAUGACUGAAGCUCCAGAAUCUGCUGAAACCUCUGAGGUUUCAGUGGAGAAAGAAGAAAGUGAUGCAGAUUCUUCUGUGGCUGAAAGUGAUGAAAGCAAAGACACUUCUGAGAAAACUGAAGAUUCUGCUGAAUCAGAUGAGAAAAGAGAUUCACCUUUUCAGCCCAGUUCAGUGGAGACUGGAGGGACAUCUUUCACGAUGAACAGCUCUGAAGAUGACGACACGUCCAGUAAAAGUGUUUUAGAAUCAUCUGAGGAACCACCUGCUUCAGAUGAGGACGGGUGA